ACUUCACCGAACAGCAGGAGUAAAUUUAUGGAGCAUACAUUAAUAAAACAGGGCUUAGUGAUGCCAGUGGAUGCAACCGAUGACCAAGCCAACCUUGCAACAGCUCACGGAAGCAUAGACUCCAAUCAAGGUAGUUUAUAUGCAGCAAACCAAUCCCAAAGUCGCCUGUCAUCCCUAACAGUUCGUCUCGAUCCCAGCCAAUCAUGGUAGGCUCCUCACUUGCAUCAACCAUGGCAGGCACCAUCCUCCUCCUCCUCCUAGCAGCAGCAGCUCGACACCACGGCGCCGGCGCAACGGAGUACACGGUCGGCGACUCCGAAGGGUGGACUAUCGGCUCCAACUACCUCACCUGGUCGCAGAAGUACAACUUCACCGCCGGCGACACGCUAGUGUUCAACUACGUGGCGGAGCAGCACGACGUGUACCGGGUGACGCAGGACGCGUUCCGGACGUGCGAGCCGGCGAACCAGACCAUGCGCGUCUGGGCGUCGGGCCACGACCUCGUCAACCUCACCGUGCCGGGGGACUACUACUUCAUCUGCAACGUCCCGGGGCACUGCCUCGGCGGCAUGAAGUUCGCCGUGGCCGUCGCCGCGUCGCCGCCGCCGCCGCCGCCCCCACCCCCGCCGCCGACCUUGCCGCCGCCGCCACCCCCCACGGGCUCCGCCGGCGCGUCGUCAAUACGACGGCUCGCGUGGCCGGAGGUGGUGCGGAUGUCAUGCGUCGCCGUGAUCGGCCUGUUGCUUAGCUGAUUGGUUUGCUGUGAUUGAUCUUGUGAUGUAGCGCAUGGCGUGUAGUGGACCAAAUGUUUGUGAUGGUUGACCUGGACCAUUUCUUGCCAUGGUUUGCAAGAGCUAGCUGCUACUAGUAUUGAGACGUGCAUCAGGGUCGAUGGAGAGCGUUGACUUUGUAAUCGACGCUAUUAGAGAAUAUAUUUGUACAGACAGUUCGUAA